AUGCUUCGUUCUGUCAGCGCGCUCCGGCUCCUUGCGCUCCUGCUGCUGCUGAGCAUGAGUUCAGCUGUUGAAAAUAACGCCACAGAGUCCGUCAGUCCUCAGCUGGUCCUUGAAACUCAGGACCCGCCGACCGAUGAAGACACAAACCAGGCGAGGAAUAGAGGGAGACGGCCUUCUGACUCUCUGCGUGAUGGGCUAGACCAGAGCCAGGUGGGCUGCAGGGAGUUGAGGUCCACGAAGUACAUCUCUGAUGGCCAGUGCACCAGUGUCAACCCUAUUAAGGAGCUGGUGUGUGCUGGGGAGUGUCUGCCAGCUCAGCUGCUGCCCAACUGGAUUGGUGGAACUCACACUGGGAGGUACUGGAGCCGCCGCGAUGCUCAGGAGUGGCGCUGUGUUAUCGAUCGAACCAGGACCCAGCGGAUCCAGCUGCAGUGCCACGAUGGGACCACAAGGACCUACAAGAUAACUGUGGUGACCUCCUGCAAAUGCAAGCGCUACACCAGACAGCAGAACGAUUCACGACACAAGGACACAUCUGGAAAUACUGGUAAACAGAGGAAGAAUCAGGGGAGGCCUGGACUGCUGGAGAUGAAUGCUGGGAGGGAGUCUGCUAACUGA